AGCAGGCACACCAAACGUCCAUUUGUUUCUCCAGACAGGAAUCCACAGGCCGUUGUCAUUUCUUUUCUCCGAAGUGCAAUCGCUGCGACCCUCAGUGAGGCGAUUUUUUUUCCCCCGCGCUCUCUCUCCCUCUCUCUCCAAGAUGUGGGAGGCACUCGAGAGGUCUAUUCUCAUGAUUGGCCUAUAUUGGACAUGCGUGUCAGCCAACCACUGUGAUCCCGGGUGGCGCGGGUACGGCCCCAGCUGCUACAAGAAGAUGGAAGUCCCCAACGGUUGGCUGGGCGCCUGGCACCACUGCGUCUCUGAGGGCGGCAACCUGGUAUCGAUCACCUCCUCGGCCGAGGAAGACUUUGUGAAGGCGACCAUGGGGGUGGACACCCGCUUCUGGCUGGGACUCUCCAACCAGAAAUGUGACAAGGUCUGGUGUCGCUUUGAAGACGGGAGACAGAAGCUGGCCUGGUCUGAUGGCCAGACAACAACACACCGCAACUGGGCCCCAAAUCAACUUGAAAGCGCUGACGUCGCGUCCUGCGCCUACGUCGACCAAAAGGUUUGGAAGGAUUCCGGGAAGUGGAGGUCUGGCUCCUGCGCUUCCUCCUUAGCCUACAUGUGCAAACGGCCGCUGGACUGCUCGACGUGUUCCCCCAAAAGUGGUCCUGCUGUAGUGAAGACUUCUGACUGCGACGAUGGCAACAUCCUUUAUGGCGAUCAUUGCUAUUUUCAUGGCCCGAGUAAUGAAAUUCAAGAGGAUGCUGAGGAGUUCUGUCUCGCCCGGGGAGCCCACCUGCCUCGCGUCCACUCUAAGCGAGAUGCCCAAUUCCUGUAUGAUAACCUUUUCAGUUCUGAUACUUGGGUGGGACUCAAGAAGAAGGGCAACGACUACAAGUGGAAUGACGGAACAGCUUUGGACUACGAAGACCUCGAUGACAGGUACUUCUCCGGUGGUGACUGUGCAAUAAUAGGUUAUCAGGCACGGAUCUACCUGAACUUCCCAUGCUACUGGAAGCAGUCAGUUAUCUGCCAAACAGCCAAGCGCGGCGGAGGGCGUCCACCAUUGGUGGGCCAACCUGACUGGACUUACAAAUGCGGCUGGUGGCUGGACUACCCCUCCAGCGACUUCUGCUACCUGAUGAUCAGCCAGCCCACCAAGACCUGGCAGAAGGCGCAAGACGACUGCAAACGCCUCGAAGGGGACCUGCUCAGCAUCACCGACUCGCGUGAGCAGGCCUUCAUAGAGGGUAUCGCCAAGGUUCUUAUGGGUGAUGACGCCUCCCUGUGGUUGGGCGCCAACGGAGGCAUCGAGGGUGACGGCGGCAAGUGGGCUGACGGAUCCCCCUUCUCUUACCUCCACUCGAGUGCAGGUGACGCCAACGGGGGGAAAUGUCUUUCCUUGCGCACUGGCAGCAAUGACUGGAAGCGUGACAAGUGCGACAACAUGAAAGGCUACGUCUGCAAGAAAAGAGGAAAAGGAAAGACAGCAAAACCCCAGCUGCUGCUACAUGACGGCUACAAGGAGGAAAUUUUCUGCCAAGACGAUUUGAAAGUCCUUGAUUGUUCCGAUGAAAGCGUCAUCCGCGUACAGUCGGCUUUCCAUGGACGGAGGCAUAGCAACGUUUGUCCGAGUGGCGGCGCCGGAUCACAGGGUCGCUGCAGGAUGAAAGGGGCUCUCUCUCACUUUAGAGCAUUGUGUGACAAACAUCAGCAUUGCCCCAUUCAACCUACGGGUACGGACCCCUGCCCUGGUGUCUCCAAAUACCACCACAUCGUCUACAGCUGUGAGGAGAAAGUGUGUCUUGACAGUCUGGGCAUCGCUGACGGGACAAUCCCAGACUCCUCCUUUUCAGCCUCUUCCUCUGCGAUCAAUGGCGAACCUCACAAAGCACGUUUGGGGGGCAGCGGUUGCUGGAGACCGUCCAAACUCGGCAGCUGGAUCCAGGUGAACCUCGGUGAGACCUACAAGGUGACGGGCAUUGUGACCCAGAGGUGUAUGUACCAAGAGUAUUCUUCCAGCAAGUUUGAGUUGCAGUUCAGUAGUGACGGAGAGACUUGGUAUCGCCACUCAGAGGAGCCUGUUGUGGGGACGCACAUGCUAACCAGGUUCGUGUUCGCCAAGUACGUCCGCCUCCUGCCAAGGUUUUCUGGCCUUCGCUUUGACGUCUUAGGGUGCACGCCUGACGACACCUCUCGCGACAUCUUAUGCAGCAGCACAGCCACCAGCCUCGGCCUCGACGGUUCAAUGACGGUCCGAUGCCCGGCGGGCUGCGCCCGAAUCUACACGGUCUACGGAACAAAGAUCUACAAACAAGAGUCAAACAUCUGCGCGGCUGCCAUUCACUCGGGCGUCAUUGAGAACGCGAUUGGAGGAAUUGUGUCUUUGCUGAAGAGAGACCCACAGGAGGCCUACAAGGGCUCCGCCAGGAACGGGAUCACCUCGAGGGAUGGUGGCGGUUUGGCUCAGUCUCCGUCUUACACUUUUCUUGACCAGGAGCCGAGAUGCUUGGGACCUGAAUGGGAGGAGUUUGCGGACUUUUGCUACAAACGUUUUGAUGAGAGAAAGACGUGGUACGGCGCUCGACAAAACUGCUCCUGUCUGAAGGCCAACCUGGUGUCCAUUCGCUCCAAGGUUGAGCGGGAUUGGCUGCAAGACCUCCUGACGACAGCCCCCGGCGACACGUGGAUCGGACUUAACGCCCUGGUGGUUCCUGGCAAAUUCGCGUGGUCGGACCACCAGAAGGUGACCUUAACCAACUGGGCUCCGGAAAAACCUGGCGAGGGGUUGGAGAAUUGCGUGGCCGCCUUGAGCCAGGUGGGUGGCAAAUGGAAGAUGAAGUCGUGCGCGGAACUCAACGGCUACAUGUGUAAGAUGCCCACGGAGCGUUAUGCGCUGGAUAAAGGCGCCAAUGCAAGUGGCGAGUAAUCGUAUGAAUGCAAUUGACCUUGCAUGAUCGUUCUGUUUGAUUGACCAUUGAUUGAUGCAUUACUAUGACUGAUUUACCAUGCAUUAGUCUUUUUGUUAGAUUUACCAAGCGUUAUGAUUCUGUUUACUUCUUCUUGACUUAAUGAUGGUUUACCAUGCAUUAUUAUUCCUUUGUCCAAUUUACCAUGUUGUUAUUAUUCUCUUAGAUUUACCGUGCAUUUUCAUCAUUGAUUUCUUAUUUCAUUUUACUUAUUGUUAGAUUUACCAUGCAUCAUGAUUAUGCCAUCUGAUGAUUUACCAUGCAUUAUUAUUCCUUUGUCCAAUUUACCAUGUUGUUAUCCUCUUAGAUUUACCGUGCAUUUUCAUCAUUGAAUUCUUAUAUUUCAUUUACUUAUUGUUAAAUCUACCAUGCAUUAUGAUUAUGCCAAUUUACCAUGUUAUUAUUCUUAGAUUUACCGUGCAUUUUCAUCAUUGAUUUCUUAUAUUUCAUUUACUUAUUGUUAAAUUUACCAUGCAUUAUUAUUAUACCAUCUGUUGUUUUACCUUGUUUAAUUGACCCAAAAAAAUAAUAAAAUAAUAAAGACAA